ACUGUGUGGGUCAGGUUUGUAGUCAGGCAGCACCUAUAGCUGGAUAGGAAACUGGGAAGUGACAACAUUUAGAUGGAAGCAAAAAGAAAAAUUUAGGUUGCAAGUGAUCUUAAGUUGUGUGUUUUAUGAUUUUAAGGUUUUCAUUUUACACCUGUCCUUUCCCUCAGAUGGAACAUGGCAAAAAUCAGAGUCAUUAACACUUAAAUGUGAUUAAAGCUGGACAGCUUGGAAAAGAAUUCUCAUGGUAUGGAAGGUAAAGGUGACCUGAGCAGUGAGGAGGCACCUGAGAUGAUCAAACCCACAAGGAAGGUCUUCAGCAAAACCUGGGGAUUCGGAAGAACAACUGUUGCUAAGCGAGAGGGUGUGGGAGAUGCAGAGGCAGGCUCGCUGGGGCAGCAGCCCCUGCAGCAGCACAGCCUGGCCCUGGGACACAGCGGGAAGCAGCCACAGCGCACCGAGUGGUUGGAGGAAUUCCUUACAGCAGCUCAGCACCAAGGAAGACAGAAUGUUCCUGUCUCCCUUGAGGAUUCCAGUGAGCCAAUGUCUUGUUCAGUCCCAGAUGUUGAAACUGCCUUGGAAGGGAGCAUAGGAAGUACCUCUGAGAUGAACAGUGGCCCCCACUCUGGUUCCUUGGGUGUACAGGAGCGACCUGCCUCUUCUGGAAAGGCCACAGGAAGCAAGGAGAAGGAGGACACCUCCGACAAUGACAGUGAUGUCCUGACUUUGAAGGAGCUUCAGAAUUGCCUUUGGAGAAAGCGAGAGCAAGAGCCACCUGAUAGGCCCCUGAAAGGCAUCCAGAAUCACCUGAGAAAGAAGCGUCGGGAGGAGAAUCCCACAGAAACUGUGCAUGUCGAGGCAGGCACUACUGUCGAGAAUGCUCUGCCCAGCAAGCAAGAGCCAGAGACAGUCCACAGGGUUGUGUCCCAGGUAAUGACCAAUGACCAAGAGAGUCAGCGGGAGAGGACAGCAGCUCAGCAAGUUAAAGAUGAAGAGAGCAGGGACUCGGGCAAGCCUAAGCCUGAAUGUGAGCUGCACGACCCCAACACCCUGGACCGCAUGUGUCUCCAGCCUCGUAACAACAGGUUUAUGAGUUGCUGUGACCGAUGUGAAGAACAGUCUCGUGGCGAUUGUCGGGGUGCUUCUCAGGCUCGAGGAAGGCUUUUGGAAAGGAACAGGGAAAAUUCUAUCUGCCCAAACUGCACUGUUCUGCAAGUGCAGGAUGAGACUAAUGCAGAAACCACAGAUCAUCGGGAAACUAAAUUUAGACCUGGAGAUGCUGAUGACACAGAUUUUAGAAGUCCAGGAACAGUGGAGCAAAAGUCUAGUGAAGACCGAAAGAUAAAGGGGAGAGUUGAGAAAGCUGCACAUCCAAGUGGCAAGAAAAAACUCAAGCUUUGCCAGCCUGUGGUAGAGGCUCCAGGCACCUCCAGGUGUACCCUCCCUGGGUGCUCCAAUGUGGUGCAGCCCAACCUGGCCUACUGCAGCAAGGACUGCAUUCUUACACAUGCUGCAGCUACUAUGAAAUGCUUAAGUUCAGGCAAAGAACAGAAGCCAAAACCUAAGGAGAAGAUCAAGAUGAAGCCAGAAAAGCUCCGUCUUGCACAGUAUAGUGUUCAGGCAGGCAUUAAAAGCUCUUAUCUGCACAAGAGACCAGCUCCAGAAAAGAAAGAAGGCACAGUGAAGAAGGCAGUCGUGGCUUUUUCUAGGAGCAAAUCCCUCGGGAAGGAGACAAUUUGUGAAAGCACUGUGCCGUCCUGGGCAAGCAACCAAAAUUACACUGCAGUAAAGCUAGAAAAGACUUCCACUGUCUCCUCAUCACUGUUGUGCAAACGUAUGUAUUACCUGGAGGCUGGCCUCCUGGACCCCUCCCACUCUUUCCAGAUAGCCGUUUCCUGAGCCUGUCCAGGACUGGGGGUUGCAGUUGUGUUUUAAUGCUGAUCAUAAACACUGGCUGCACCAUCAGUGCUGGGAGGGAAUGCCCAUGUCCAAGAUGCCACCUGACACUGAAGGUCUAUCUCUAAUCUCUUGGGACUUCCACUCAGUGUUUUCCAAAAAGGUGUACAAACCUCAUUAGUAAAUGUUUCACCUCGAU